AUGCUCACGCACCAUACGCACAGCUUGUGCAUCCUUCAAGCAGAAGGUCAAGGUUAUGCGUCUGGGGCUCUUCAUCCACACACUCCAAUACCCAACACCCUCAGAAAAAAAAAUUUGACACUACAGGCCUCCACCGUAUACACUGAACACUUUCGAGUCUGCGACGCAGAAGUCUCCAUUCGCGAGAACACCACAACAUCUCGGUUCCGCUUGACGAUUGUCAGCCAAGAUGGGUUGACCAUCGUUAGUCAGGAGCUCGCUGAAACACUCCCCACUGGUCUCGCCUCCGGACAUAAUAGCGAUUUCAGAUCCCCGACAUAUGUCAUCGUAAUAAAGGCCUUGACGAAUACCUCAAUAAAUGCCUUAACCUUUAAGGUCUUGAUGAAGGUCUCGGCCUAUGUUAAAAAGAGACUGAACGUGGCAGGAAGCGACAUCCCUCCCUAA